CUUUCCUCUCCUUCAUCCUCAUACUCCUCCUUAGUCGCAAGGAGUACCACUGGUUGUGAGAAACUCAACAGCCGGACACAACAUUCUCGCUUGAUUGCGAGUUCGAACUCGACUUGCGACGCGGUUCAUCCCAACGACUGGACUGAUUCGAUUCGUUACCGUCGCAUUAUCACCGCACUCAACAAAAUGGAGGCCGUCAACGCUACCUCCAGCGGCUUCUCGUCCGUUCUGGCCGGCACCAAAUACGCCAAUGUCGCUCUUCCUCCUCAGGUCGAAUAUGUUAUCGAAGCUGUUUCUAACGCCGGCGUCUGGACUUGGGUGAUCACUUUCAUCGCUCUUUGCGUUGCCUAUGAUCAGAUUGCCUACAUCAUCAGGAAGGGCCCGAUUGAGGGACCGGCCAUGAAGCUUCCCUUCAUCGGCCCAUUCCUCGACUCCAUGGAUCCUCGGUUCGACGGUUAUCAUGCCAAGUGGAGCAGCGGUCCCCUGAGCUGUGUUUCUAUCUUCCACAAGUUCGUCGUUAUUGCUUCCACUCGUGAUAUGGCUCGCAAGGUUUUCAACUCACCCGCCUAUGUCAAGCCCACUGUUGUCGAUGUUGCCCCUAAGCUUCUUGGACACGACAACUGGGUUUUCCUCGACGGAAAGGCCCAUGUUGAUUUCCGCAAGGGUCUCAACGGUCUCUUCACCCGCAAGGCCCUUGAGAGCUAUCUGCCUGGUCAGGAGGAGGCUUACAACACUUACUUCAAGCAUUUCCUCAAGAUGACUAAGGAUGCCGGCGGCAAGCCUGUCCCGUUCAUGCACGAGUUCCGCGAGGUCAUGUGUGCUGUCUCUUGCCGUACCUUUGUCGGUCACUACAUCUCCGACGAGGCUGUCACCAAGAUCGCCGAGGAUUACUACCUCAUCACUGCUGCUCUCGAGCUUGUCAACCUCCCCGUUAUCCUUCCAUAUACCAAGUCUUGGUAUGGCAAGAAGGCCGCUGAUAUGGUUCUCGCCGAGUUCUCCAAGUGCGCCGCCAAGAGCAAGGUUCGCAUGGCCGCUGGUGGUGAAGUCACCUGCAUCAUGGAUGCCUGGGUUCUGUCAAUGAUCCAGUCUGAACGCUGGCGUGAGGCCGAGGAGAAGGGCGAGGGACACACCGUUGAGAAGCCCACUCCUCUUCUCCGCAUGUUCAACGAUUACGAGAUCUCCCAGACUAUCUUCACCUUCCUCUUCGCUUCCCAGGAUGCUACCAGCAGCGCCGCUACUUGGCUCUUCCAGGUUACCGCCCAGCGACCCGAUGUCCUCGACCGUGUCCGAGAGGAGAACAUCAAGGUUCGCAACGGUGACCCCAACGCACCUGUCACCAUGGAUCAGCUCGAAUCUCUUACUUACACUCGCGCUGUUGUCCGAGAGCUUCUCCGAUGGCGCCCUCCCGUCAUCAUGGUUCCCUACGUCACCAAGAAGGCCUUCCCCUUGACCGAGAACUACACCGUCCCCAAGGGCUCAAUGUUGAUUCCCACCACUUUCAUGGCUCUCCACGACCCUGAGGUCUACGAUAAUCCCAGCCACUUCGACCCCGAACGAUACUACAGCGGCGAUGCUGAGGAGAAGGGUUCCAAGAACUACUUGGUUUUUGGUACCGGACCUCACUACUGCCUUGGACAGGUGUACGCUCAGCUGAACCUGGCUCUCAUGAUCGGAAAGGCUUCAGUCAUGCUUGACUGGAAGCACCAUGCCACCCCUAAGUCUGAGGAGAUCAAGGUCUUUGCCACCAUCUUCCCCAUGGUAUGUACUCGUCACUGGACAAUACAAUGCAACAACGACUGACUUUGAAACAGGAUGACUGCCCUCUUACCUUCGAGGAGAGG